GGCAAAGCCCAAGAUCCAGACAGCAAGGAAAAUUUCCAUGGAACGCUUGGCUCAACAGAUUCUGCUCGUCUGCCUUGGCUUGGCCGCAGCAGAUCCCUGCUGUACGACCUGCCAGCUGCCCAAAGUGAAGGUCUUCAGCACCGAUGCCCCGCAUGGCUUCUGCGGCGAGGCCUGUAUGGAGCCGGAGCACUUCAGUUUCUUCCACAUGUUCGAGGCCAAUUUGACGAUGGCCAAGGAUGAGCAUCCGUGCAGGGAACAGUGGACACCCCUCAACGACAAGCAGUACACGGACUACAUCCAAACGGUGACACAUGGCGUUGGCCCUCUCUCAAUGACCCUGGACUUGUACGCUCCCACGGACAUGCCCAACCAUGAUUGCUGCUACACGCAGAUCAUCCCUAUCGCGCCCUGGCAUAUUGACUGCCCGAGCUUGCUCGAGAAGCCCGUUGAAGUCCGUAUCGAUGGGACUGGGCCAUUUUGCUGCCCGAAGGGUGCCACUCCUACCAACCCGUGCGGCAAUGAAACCCGCUCUGCGACCUCGGAGGUCAUCGUCUAG